UACUUAUCUAGGACCUACCCAGGCUGACAACUGGAGGAUCCGCUUCUUUAGAUAUUGCUUUUAACAAGGCCUAUUCCGUUGACAUAAAAUUACUACACAAUUUUAUUUUGAAAGUGAGAAAACAGGAAUAGUGAAAAACAGGAAUACUUUUUAAAAAGUGUUUGGAUAAACAAUUUUUUGACUGAACUCUGCGAAGACUCAGUUAUUAUAAAUCAGUGAUCAGAUGGAGACUUUACACAGUGCUGUGGGUUUAGACUGGAUCAAUGCCAGCAGUGUUUUAGUGUUUCUGUGUGUUUUUCUGCUGUUGGCUGAUCUUUGGAAGAACAGAGCCCCAAAAAACUUCCCUCCAGGUCCGUGGUCCCUGCCUGUGAUUGGAGACCUUCAUCGCAUCAUAUUCGGCAACCUUCAUCUGCAGCUCACUGAGUUUGCAAAGAGGUAUGGAAAAGUUUUCAGCCUUCGUCUGUUUGGUGGAAGGGUUGUGAUCGUUAAUGGUUACAAGCUGGUGAGAGAAGCCCUGGUUGAAAAUGGAGAGGACUACACUGAUCGGCCCACCUUGCCGGCAUAUGUUGGAAUAAUUAAGAGAACUGAAGGUCUUGUGAGGGCAAGUGGUUCCCCCUGGAGACACCAGAGGAGGUUUGCUCUUCACACUCUCAGGAACUUUGGUUUGGGUAAGAAGACUCUGGAGCUGUGCAUCCAGCAGGAGUGUCACUAUCUCACAGAGGCUCUAGCGCUUCACCAAGGAAAGCCUUUCAACGCCCAGUCAUUGAUAAACAAUGCUGUGUCCAACAUCAUCUGCUGCCUGGUGUUUGGGGAGCGAUAUGAAUACAGUGACAAGCAGUACCAGCGCAUUCUUCAUUGUUUUAAUGAGAUAGUUCACCUGCAGGGAAGUGUCGGGAUACAGAUCGCCAAUAUAUUUCCAAAGCUGAUGAAGUGGCUGCCUGGACCUCGCAAGACGGUCGUUGCUCUGCUACAGGAGAUAAUUGCCUUCAUAAAGACCAAGAUCAAUGAACACAACGAAACCCUGGACCCCUCCUCACCCAGACACUACAUUGAUUCCUUUCUCAUAGAAAUGAGAGAAAUGGGAGAGGAAGACAAUAAUUCCAGUUUCUAUUUAAACAACUUGUGCUUUUGCACACUGGACCUGUUUGGUGCUGGAACUGAAACUACUACCACUACUUUACACUGGGGACUGUUGUACAUGAUCCUCUACCCUCACAUACAAGAGCGAGUCCAGGCUGAGAUAGAUGCUGUGGUUGGUUCCUCCAGACAACCUUCUGUGUCUGACAGAGACAACAUGCCCUACACUAAUGCUGUCAUCCAUGAGAUCCAGAGACUGGGUAACAUCAUACCACUUAAUGUGCCUCGCAUGACGAGCAGAGACACUGUCCUUGACAGGUUCACAAUCCCAAAGGGCACAAUAGUUCUGGCAACACUAAACUCUGUUCUUAAUGAUGAGUCCAUGUGGGAAACUCCACACUCCUUCAAUCCUCAACACUUUUUGGAACCUAAUGGUAAAUUCAGAAAAAGAGACGCCUUCAUUCCCUUCUCAGCGGGUAAGCGUGUGUGUCUCGGGGAACAACUGGCCAGGAUGGAGCUGUUCCUCUUCUUCACCUCCCUCCUUCAGAGGUUUUCCUUCUCACCAGGUCCUGGAGAACAGCCCAGUCUGGAGUUCAUCCUUGGAGCAACUCGCUGUCCCAAACCGUACCUCCUCUGUGCUGUACCACGAUGAACCAUCUCUGGGUCCCAACAAAUCACUGAUCUACUGGAGCAGGUGGUGGAGCUGCUCCACACCCUCCUCUAAAUUGGUCCCAGAAUGAUCUCAAGCAAUCAAAGUGAGUUGUUCUGUUCUGUACCACAAUAAACUGCCUUAGACUAAAUGAUUCAGCGGCUUCGGACGUUAUCACGCCAUAUAAUGGCCAUUAUCAGUGGUUAUCAGCCCAUACGUAUGGGCCGGUAGGUGCCCAUCUACCUGCUGGCAGCGGUGAAUAGGUGCAGUAGAUCGCUGUCAUUGAUCCGUAAGGUUGAUCAUGACCCGGAUGAUAGAACCAGCAGAGUCAGUAGGGGCGCAGUUGAGCGGUUGUUGUUCAGACUGGAGAAUCAAAGUUUUUGAUUUUGAUUUAUUAGCGAGCAUAACUUAGCAAAUAGCUAGCGGUAUUGUGUUAGCUAACUGUAACCUGAAGCCCCCACCCGUUAUCCAGCCCUAACCCUAACCACAAUAACCUCUAAAGCUGCUUAACAUAGCAACUUAGCUAGUUGCUAGCUGUUCGCGAGGAGGCAGAGCAGGCACCUACUGGCCCAUACAAAUGCGCUGAUAAGUUCUGAUCAGCCCAUUCGUUGGCUGAUAACAUCUGAAGCGGGUAAAUGAGUUCUGUUACCAUAUAAAUAAUUACCUGUGUGUCAUUGUCUUUAAUUUGGUGGACAAGAUAUCAUUAUUUAUUCGUUAUACUGUUGUUGACUCAUUUUUUUUGUCAUAAACAUAUUUUUGCUCAUCAACCUAUAUUUAACCCUCCAUUUCCUGUCUUUUAUUCCUGGAGAACGUCCUCAUCUUGUAAUAAUGUAAUAUAUAAUAAGUUAAAGCAAAGUUUUCAAAAAGGUUGUCUGACUGGUACCUUUUUUUACAAAUCAAUAAACUUAAAAAAAAGCAAUAAACGCAACCAGAUAAUCACAGUCUUGUCAGAAUGGAGGUGCAAGAAGGGAUUUAUGUCACAGAAUAGAUGUCCAGGUAGUGAGGUGUGCCCUUAUGAAUUACUCGCUUGGUGGCUCAAUGGGCCUGGAAUGUAAGCGAUCCCAGGUCAAGCCUUUGUUUCAGUCACAUGGUUUGUCCUGCCAUCUCCCCAGUCAACAUCGCUGCAGCCCACUGCUCCCAGUGGGAGACGGGUUGAAAUAAGGGGAACCCAUUUCCCCACCGAGAGAUCAAAAAAUGAAAUUAAUGGUUUGUUGAGUUUGUGUUUCCCUGUAUAUAAUUGUUCAUGCAAAGAAUUGGAUCCAGAUGAAGAAAUGCUUUGAUUUAUUGAAUCCAUUUUUUAAACAGUGGCAGAAAACUGAAAUAUUGUAAAUAUUGCUGAAAAUACAUGUAAACUAAAAUACAGUCAAACCUAUUGGAGGAUGAAACACAGCCACUAUUGAUACUACAGCUUUAGACCUCCUACAUCCACGCUGAUAAAGAACAACACAGACCUGGUACCAUUUUUAAGAUCUAAGGACUGAAAAUUGAAAGAAAUGAAGAUUUUUGUGGUGGAGUGUUAAACAGGUGCUAUGGACGGGUUGAAAUAAGGGGAACCCAUUUCCCCACUGAGAGAUCAAAAAAUGAAAUUAAUGGUUUGUUGAGUUUAAGUGUUUCCCUGUGUACAAUUGUUUAUGCAAAGAAUUGGAUCCAGAUGAAGAAAUGCUUUGAUUUAUUGAAUCCAUGACAUUUAUUUUUCAAUCUGUGGCAGAAAACUGAAAUAUUGUAAAUAUUGCUGAAAAGACAUGUAAAGAACAACACGGACCUGGUACAAUUUUUAAGAUCUAAGGACUGAUAGCAAAAUGAAGAUUUUUGUGGAGGAGUGUCAAACAGGUGCUAUGGUGAGUUCAUACUGGUCUUACUGGUUUCUAAUAGAUAGGAACAGAUGGUUUCUCUUUGGUCACCAAAGGUAGAAUUGAACGACAUCAGUUUUUACUGUAUCAAUUCAAUGAGAACGGCUUUACACAUUUGCUGGAAACUAGUUUUGUAAAACAGUUUAACACGAAAAUUAAAAACUGUUGUGGUGGAAAUUUUCCAUAAAGAAGUAGAUGAGAGAGAGUUGUCCUUUUGUGCGAUUUAUUGAAAUAAU